UCAUAACAAUCCUACUAUAUAAAAGAAGCUAUUUUUAGAGCUUCUAAGGGGUGCCACAUCAGAUGAAAUAUUCCUGACCAAUUAAAGUGACAUGUCAUACUUAUGUUUGUGUGUGUAUUCUUUACGCCGACGUCAUGUUUUCUGCCACGUCAAACACCUUCUCUUUCUUCGAGCGUAGUCUUCUUAGUGUCCUAUAUUCCACCACCGAUCUCAGAACCCAUGUGUAACGCUAUCGUUCCUCAUUGAAGCCACUUGACAACGUCUCUCCAUUAACUACCUCUCUGUCCAGCUCUCCCACUAUGUCGACUUUAAUAACCCAUUUCUCAACUUCCAUCAAAAAUCUCUAAUUCCUGAGACUAUAAAUAGGAGAGAUGAGAACCUCUAGAAAUCUCUCUGCUUCACGAGAUUCAAUCAUAUUCCUUCUUUACUACACACAAUUUGCAACGGUGGUGUUAUCCCAUAUAUUUCUUUACGAUUUGAAAAUUUGACAGUAGUCCUCAGAUGGUGGUGCCACGUUUCAUGGGUUUAUGGAAAGCACGUAAUGUCGCAGAAAAAAAGCUGAGACGAGUCAAAAGGUGGAGUUUUCAUGUCCCCUCAAUGAUAUAAUUUAAUUUUAUUAUGUUUUUUCUCUAAUAUUUGUUCCAGUUCCUUAAGAACUUUUCAUGUCCCCUCAAUGAUAUAAUUUAAUUUUAUUAUGUUUUUUCUCUAAUAUUUGUUCCAGUUCCUUAAGAACAUUAUGUUGUGUGGGCUUAAGAAACUAAAAUUUUGAUCUGCUAUUGCCUUUUGAAAUGACAUACCCUAUUGGUCAGCGUUAGAUUUGAAAGUCUGGGCACUUCUUUUGUUUUAUUUCUAUGUUUGUUCGUGUAUUGUGUCUUUUUGAUUAUGUUCUCUUAGAUUGUUUCUACAAAACCUUUGUUUCUCUUUGAGCUUCCUGUUGAGCAUAGUUGAGCAACCAUAUCUUCUUUUGUUUGCUGUUGAAAUCAUUAUAGACUCAUUGCAAGUGUUCUUAAAGUAAUGUUUUUAUUACCCCUCUCCCAGGUAUCUACAGAGCAAGUAACUCCAGAGUGAUCAGAGACAGAAGUAGGAGACAAAGAAGAGGUGACAUUAACGGAUCAGAGAGAUUGACGAGAACAAUCAACAGACGACAGACUGUAAAACCCGGAAGGGUCCAAAACUCUGCCGUGUCCAAGAUGCAAGAGCAUGGACACUAAGUUCUGUUAUUACAACAACAUAAACCAGCCUCGCCAUUACUGCAAAGCCUAUCAGAGAUAGUGGACUGUCCACGGGACUAUGAGGACUGUACAUGAGGGUGCAGGAAGGUGCAUGAAGCCGCUACAACAAAAUUUUAUCCUCUUAUUACCGUCACAUGACAAUCUCCGAAGCUCUAGAGGCUGCAAGGUUUGUUCAGAAAAUACAUACCAACACUCGAGUCCUGAGUUUUGGUGUAGAGAAUGUAUUGCUUUAGCGGCUCAUCUGUGACCACUUCUAUCAAUCACUCACUACAAAUAGUUUAAAUUAACGAGACGAUUCCCGAAACUCAUGUGCAUGAUCAUCAUAUCGUCUAUCAUUGUCUAAUUUGGGUUAUUCCUCCUUCACCAUUUCCUUCAUGCACGUAAAAACAAAUAUAUAUAUAUAUAUAUUCUCUUACAUAUAACUAAAAACCAAGAAUAAAAAUAUAAAAAUAAAAUAUAAAUUUUAAUCCGUUGUGAUAAAAUCCAUUAUUUUCAUCAAAACUAAGUAACUAUGAUAAAAAAAAGCAAUUAGAUCGUAAUUAUUUUCUCUUUCAGAUAAAUGCAUACUUCAAUUUUGUAAAACGUCAUAAAGUUUUUCUCUCAUGUUAUAACUGUUAUAAGUUCUACACAAUUAGCAUAUAACCCAAACAUAUUGGAAUAUAUGUUAGCAUCUUCUAUAAAUUAGUUACUUAAGUAAUUUAAAUAAUUUAUUUUAUUAUUUUUAAGUUAAACAUCUACAGUCUUAUGAAUUAAUACAAGAAAUAGAAAAUUAUACACUAUUUUGAAUAUAUAUUUUCAUAAUUUUUGUAGAAAUUCAUUAGAGUUUUGAAAAUUUCUAAAUUAAUAAUACAUUUUCCUAUCAAAUUAUUAAAUAGUUUUAUUUGAUUUUCAAAUAUAAUAACAUAAUUAUGAUUCAAACAAACGUGUAUAUUUAUAAGGAAUAAUAGUUACUUUUUUUUUACAGUAAACAUUCACAAACUCAUGUUGACUCUGUAAACCAAAGUGGUAGUUCUGCAUCCAUAUGUACGACGAAAGACGGUUGUUUCCGAGAAUAGUUACUAUGAUGAGGUUUUCAUGCUGAUUACCUAAUUUAAAGUAAUUUAUUAAUAAUGAGUCUGCUAUUUUUCCAUAGUUUUUUUUCAAACUGGUAUUUUUACAUAGUUUAAAUUAGCAAUUUAAAAAAAAAAAAUAGUGUCACUAGAUUCAUUAAGCUAACGUACAAAAGAGAAAAUAAUAUAUGUUACUGUGUUCUAUAGAAUCGACUACUGUUUAAAAAUAAUUUAUUAUAUUUACUACUAAAAUCAAGAUAGAAAAUAUUUAAAUGGUCAAAUAAUUAUAUUUUCUUAUUUUUAAUGGUAAAAAUGGUUUGUAUAGAAAUAAUACUAAAACAAAUAGUAAAAAUUUUGGUAAAAAUAAAAAAAAGUUAUUUUUAUUUUUCUUGAGAAUAAAAUAAAUAUUUAAGAUUUAUUUAUAUUAUUUUGUUUGUUGCUUUCCCGCCCGAAGGGCGGGUUGGAUCCUAGUAACAAAUAAAAAGUCUUGACGUUACUUUUAAUUCUACAGUGAAAACAGGUUAUAUGUGCAGAAUAAUAAUAUAUCCACCUGAUUUGUCAUUAAACCCCAUAAAAUCAACGGAAAUGAAUAGACAUCCACAUGAUGUAAUAGCUAAGGUUAACCAAAGCCAACGGGACCACAAGUCCACAGAAAAAUCUUGCAACUUAUUUAUAUAUAGAGAAUGGAGUACAAAGUGACCGAGUGAAAAAACCAAAAUUCCAAAAAACUUGGAAAGAACCACAAAUAGGUCAAAGAAUGGGUGGAGAAAAGAACACGGCGAGGGAGACGGUGGGGGAGGAGCCACUCAGCCCAUGCUCACGGCUGUUCAAUUCUCCGGAUUUUAACUGUGCGAUAAUCGUCAUAAUGGGAUGCAAAGUCAAAGGAAACCCACCUGCCAUCAUCGACGGCCUUAAACACACUCUCGUUAAUCAUCCUCGCUUUUCCAGCAUUUUAAUUCAGGAGAUGAAGAAUGGGAAGAAAGGGAAACCGAGUUGGGUUCGGACGGAAGUUAGAGUAGAAGAUCAUGUGAUUGUUCCUGAUAUAGAUCCCAACAUUGAAAAUCCUGAUCAGUACCUUGAACACUAUAUCUCUAAGUUAACGACCGUUCCUAUGGAUUUUUCUAAACCAUUAUGGGAAAUUCACUUACUCUGCCUCAAAACAUCAAACGCUGAGUCCAUUGGCCUUCUCAAGAUCCAUCAUUCUUUGGGUGAUGGAAUGUCUCUCAUGUCUCUUUUCCUCGCUUGCACCCGAAAAACAUCAGACCCUGAGGCCUUGCCUACUGUCUCGGUUCAGAGAAAACAGUUCGGACCGAGCAGUUACAAUGGUUUCUUCAACAAGAUUUGGUGGUUAUUUGUGGGGCUUUGGUUCAUCCUAAGAUUGGUUUUCAACACUUUUGUUGAUGUCUUAAUGUUUGCUCUAACAAUUUGUUUCUUGAGGGAUACGGAAACUCCUCUCUUGGCCAAACCCGGUACUGAACUUGUACCAAAGAGGUUCGUCCACCGGAUUAUCAGUUUCGACGAUGUUAAGCUGGUGAAAAACGCAAUGAAAUUGACGGUAAACGAUGUUCUUCUUGGAGUAACGCAAGCUGGACUUUCGCGGUAUCUUAGCCGGAGAUAUGAUCAAGAAGCAACACCCAAAUCUAAAGAGUCAAUGAGAAAAUUCCGACUUCGUUCAGCCAUUAUGAUUAACUUGAGACCAAACACUGGAAUAGAGGCUCUAGCGGAUAUGAUGGCCAAGAAAUCGAAAUGCAGAUGGGGAAAUCUCUUCGGUUACAUCCUCCUGCCAUUCUCUGUCGGCCUGGAGACUGACCCUCUAGAAUACGUGCGCCGAGCUAAAGUUACGGUCGACCGCAAGAAACACUCCCUAGAGGCUGUAUUCUCUAUGGCAUUCUUUAAACUGAUACUAAAAGUCCUGGGGCUCAAGGCAAGUGUAGUUCUUGUAAGGAAAGUGAUCCAUAACACGACGUUGACGUUCUCCAAUGUCGUCGGUCCAAAAGAAGAAAUAACCUUUCACGGCCACCCGUUAUCUUAUAUCGCCCCUAGUGUUUUUGGACAUCCACAUGCUCUUACUGUACAUUUCCAGAGUUAUGAGAAGAAGGUCAUAAUAUCAGUAACGGCCGAUCCAACAGUCAUUCCUGACCCUCACAAGAUGUGUGAUGAUUUUGUGGAGUCUCUCAAGUUAAUUAAAUCCUCUGUUCUAGAAAGAGGGUUAUAUGAGAUGGAGGUUUAAUAAAAAGUACUUUCUGUACAAACAAACUCAAGCUAUUCUAAAUGUACUUAAUAAAAGACAGGCUAUCUUGAAUGAAGUAAAGAUUAUCAAAGUGGAAACUGUGCAUCCUUGUAUUAUUUUUAAACUUACUAAUCCAAGUUUGUUUUCUUUCUU